ACAUAGAGAAAGGGAUUGUGAUGUUAGGUUAUGAAGAAGAAGUCUGUAAGAUUUGCCAUUCAUGUCCCAUUAAUGGAGACAGAGGUGUCACCGGAGAAGACACAUCCCCUGUCGCCGAUUGUACACAUCUCACCCAUGAAAACAAAAUUACUCUUGCAGUGAAAUGUACCAGAUAGAGGUCCACAAAAUACACACUGAAGAUGUAUAAAAUGUAGUCGAUUCAACGCCUAGAUUCAAAUGAAGGGGAGGGGGCUGUGAUUUUAAAGGGUUUGAAGUGGUUUGCGUUUGUUUGUGAAUGUUGAGAGAAAGAAAGAUGUUUGGCGUCAUGUUUUCCUAAAAGAUGAUGAAGGCUUAUAAAGGAAGGAGAUGUGGGUAGCAUUCAGGUGGCCAUGGUAACCGGCUGUUACGAGGCAAACCUGUUAAAAGUUUUAAAUGAAAAAGUUAGUGCAAAAUAUGAGGCUUUAAUUGACAUAAAAAAUCAUCAAGGGUAACACCGACAAAAUUUUGAAAACCUAAGGGUAUCCAAAGUCCAAAAUCUACGUGUCAAGCGUUAGGACUUGUAAGUUUCUUCCACAAACAAACAGGAUGACGUUGAGCUCAUCCUGACGACUGCGUUGUUGUUAAUCAUAAAGAAUUGAAAUUUUUUGGUGGUGGACUUUAGAAGUCCCAAGAUUCAGUCUGUGCUCGAAAAGCAUGGCGUUGAAGGUAUUUGCUGAUCGAAUGUCCCAACCAUCUCGUGCAGUUCUCAUCUUCUGCAAGAUAAAUGGGAUAGAUUUUGAGGAAAUCCGAGUAGAUGUCUUGAAAAACCAGCAAUUCUCCCCUGAAUAUAAAGCAAUAAAUCCCAUGUCUCAGGUUCCAGCAAUAGUUGAUGGACGCUUUAAGCUGUUUGAGAGUCAUGCGAUUCUUAUCUACUUGUCUUGUUCAUUUCCUGGAGUUUCUAGUCAUUGGUAUCCUGGUGAUGUAUCCAAAAGAGCUAAAAUCCACUCUGUUUUAGACUGGCAUCAUUCAAACCUACGUCGUGGAGCAGCUGGAGUUGUUUUCAACACUAUCUUGGCCCCACUAAAUGGCAUCCCCUCAAGCCCUCAAGCAGCCAAAGAAGCCGAGAAGAUACUCAUGAGAUCGUUGUCUAAAUUGGAAAACUUUUGGCUAAAAGAUGGAAGAUUUUUGGUUGGAAGCUCUCAGCCUUCAAUUGCAGAUCUCAGUUUAGUAUGUGAACUCAUGCAACUUGAGCUUCUGAGUGAGGAGGAGUGUCAUCGGAUAUUAAGUCCUUACAAGAAAGUUGUUGAGUGGAUGGAAGGUACAAAGAAGGCAACUGCACCUCAUUUUGAUGAAGUUCAUGAGUUUCUCUUUAAAGCCCAGAAAAGAUUUCGAGAGCAGACAUCAAAAAAAGAAUCUGGGAAAAACGAAUUUAAGUCAAAGCUGUAAAAUCAAACAUAAUCUUCGAAAGUCGUUUGAUUUCUGUAUAAUGUUGCUAUAUGAAGUGUAUUAAGUUGAAAUAAACCAUUACAGAGAUUAUGUAAUGUAAUCAUCGUUACAUUUUAAUUACCUGGAUUUCAUAUAAA